GUAAUCGAAACUGGGGGAGGGGGUCUCUUCCGGCUUAUGCUUGGUCACAUUUUACCAUGUGACCGGAAAUAAUGUGCGGCUCAAAUUGGGGAGACUUCCGCCUUUUUUCACUUGAUACCUCUUGGCGAUGAGGAAUUGAGGCAGCGGCUGACCAGAUGAUCCAUUGACAAGAUCACGGAUGACACGUCUGUACAUGAAUAUCAACAACUUCACUGUUCUCUCCGAGGAUGAGCAAGUUGUGUAACUUCCAGAACACUGAUUUGGAGCAGAGUCUUCCUGCCAUCGCUUCCUCAUUUUCACACUCCCCAGGGUUUUCUCCACAUUACUUUUCUCCGGAGAGAAGAAGGGCCAUUUCUGAUGUGCGGCGAACCUUCUGCCUCUUUGUGACCUUUGACCUUCUCUUCAUCUCACUCCUCUGGAUAAUUGAACUGAAUACUAUCAAAACUAUCCAGGUCAAUUUAAAAGAAGAAGUCAUCUAUUACAAGUUUAAAACAUCCUUUUUUGACAUAUUUCUCUUGGCUUUUUUCCGGUUCUCGGUACUACUUCUUGCAUAUGCUGUUUUUAAACUCCGUCAUUGGUGGGUCAUAGCGAUCACUACAUUGGUAUGCAGCACUUUCCUGAUAGUGAAAGUUAUCUUCUCAGAUCUGCUGACCAAAGGGGCAUUUGGCUACCUUCUACCCAUAGUUUCCUUUGUCCUUGCUUGGCUAGAAACAUGGUUUUUGGAUUUCAAGGUCUUGCCACAGGAGAUAGAGGAAGAACAAUGGUAUGUGGCAGCUCAGGCUGCUAUUUCUCGAGGACCACUGUUUUAUUCGGGAGCACUUUCAGAUGGCCAGUUCUACUCCCCUCCAGAAUCUGUUGCAGGAUCGGAUGAGUCAGAUGACGAAGCUAUGGGGAAAAGCGCAGUAACUGAUGAGGAGAGAGAAUAUGUCCGGCAAGGCAAAGUAGCAAUGGAGGUGAUGGAUCAGAUCUUAACUCAAGAAGAAAACUGGAUUUUUGAGAAAUGCACAGACUUUGGGGAUACAAUUCAUUUUCUUGAAAUGCCAUUCUAUGGCAAGGUUUUCAUCCUAAAGGCUAUUCUACAAUGUCCAGCUGAGUUAGUAUACCAGGAGAUGAUUCUCCAACCAGAGAAGAUGGUCCUAUGGAAUAAAACUUUGCUAGCAUGCCACAUCUUGGAACGAAUUGAUGAUAACACAACUGUAUCCUAUGAUGUGGCAGCUGGUGCCGCAGCUGGUGUUGUCUCUCCUAGAGAUUUUGUGAAUGUGCGUCGGAUUGAGAGAAGAAGAGACCGCUACAUUUCAUCAGGGAUGGCAACAAUUCACAGCUUGCGCCCUCCUACAUCCAAAUACGUCAGAGCAGAGAAUGGCCCAGGAGGUUUCGUUGCCCUGAAAUGUCCCACAAAUCCAAAUAUUUCUACUUUGUUCUGGAUACUCAAUACGGACCUGAAGGGUCGGCUUCCCCGAUAUCUAAUUAACCAAAGCUUGAGUGCCACCAUGACAGAAUUUAUGUUCCACCUGCGUAAACGAAUUAUGGAAAUCACAUCAAGAUCUAAUUCUUAAAACUUGGUUUAACAUUGCCUUUUGAAUGUUCUGUGAACCUAUCAAGGCCCAAAGAAGUGGAUACCUCUUCCUACUAGUUGAAAAAAAUUAUUUAGCUGUCAUUCAGGAUAAAAAUGAAAAAUGAGCCUGUGGCCGGUGAUAUCAAUGUAUAGACUCAGGAAGAUAAUCAUGUGGGAAGAGGAGAUAAGACGGUUGAUGGUUCAAAACAGAACAUACUGAAGAGAAAAAUUAGAACAAAAUAUUUGAGAUCUUUUGCUGAUGAUCAAAGUUAACACUGCAGUUGCUGUUGUGCCAAAUUAAUUCAUGAACAUAAUUGCAAAAUCCUGUUGCUUAAUCCCUAAUACUUCUACCUGUCCCUCUUUUCUCCCUUGACAUGGUCAUACUAUCUCUGACUAGUAUAAACUCAUAAACAUAUCCAAAUAUGAAGAGUACCAUCAAGUAAUCCUGCAUAUGAAGUGAUAUGGUUGGAAUGCUGCAGAAUAAGCCAGAUAAUUUUCUAAUCACUGUUGUAUCUACUCUGGACCCUUCACUUUCCUAAACAAUGAUGUACCCCUUCAAGUCAGAGGACUGAAUUGCCCAAAAGUGUGACCAUAAUUUUACUAUGUGUCCUUGAAGAGGCAAUGGCUCCAGGAAAUGAAAUUCCCACUAUCACCAUUGAAUACAUGGAUUAGAAUUGUGCUUCAAAUUGGUGUGUGCCUUUCUGAGGUGCUGUUCUAGUUCUAUCAUGAUUUUUUUUUUAAUUACUUCUUUCCGAGGAUAUGAAGAAGGCCCCAUCUCUGUCUGCAGAACUGAACCUUCUACAGUGGCUGACAUUUCAUAGUUUGAUUAUGAUAUUCCAUCCUGUUAUGAGUAGGCUGGAGGACUUGCUAAUUAAGGCCAAGAUUUAUAUUCUGUAUAUUCCUAAAUGACAUCUUAAUCCAGAAAUAGUGAAUUCCAGCCCUUUUCUUCAAGGAUACAUGCUAAAUGCAAGAGAAGCUUACUUGAAAACAUCUUGUCAUCUGCUUCUUUUCCUUGCCCUGACAACAUCAUGAGGCAUGUGCUGGAUUUGCCAUAAUAAUGAAUGGACCUUCUUAAGGCAAAGACAAGAACUAUCACCAGAGCAUGAGGAUUGUGCUUCCUUAAAGUAGAUACUUGUGGUCCAUCUUUUUCCCCCAAAAUUUAUUUUCAUGGAAUAUGAUUCCUUAAUAAAUGCAGGUCCUGAAAAGGUUUUAGGAUAUGAACCGGACUAGAAGUUCCAUCUCUUAUAUAUAUAUAUCUUGCCUAUCACUAUUGAAGUGAAACUUUACUGCCUAUCAUCUCCGGGAAUAAGGAAAGUCAUAAACAAGAAGCUGCUUCAAAAUAUUUUUUUUUUUAUUUUUUAAAAAAAUAAGCUGCACCAUCAUGAAAUAUGUGACUAUAUUCUCAUUUCUAAACAUGAGCAAUUAAUCUUAUUUAAAUGCCUUCAGUUAAGCAUUCUGGAUAUCAUUGGAAAGUGGCUUGUACUUUUUUGUAAAUCUAACACAGAUUUCUUUGCCUUUACACCUCAUUUAAAAAGCCACUUGAAUUAAAAAAACAUGCCUUUUGCUUCAGAUAUUUGAGAAUUAAUCAAAUAAAAUAAUAAUAAAAACUU